GAUUCAUUUCAUUAGACUCUUACUGGAAAGAUGAAUAAAAAUGAGGACGGUUAAUGUCUUCAGUCUGAUCUUACUUUCCACGUUCUUGCAAGGAGAAAAAGACAAGAAAAUUGAGAAAACCAAAAAACUAUCGUCAAAAUCAAUAUGGCGUCCUUUUGACUGUCGUACAAACAGUGAUUGCCCUGCGUCAAAAUAUUGCCUUGGCUGGACUUGCGUAUUACGUCACAAAGGAUUUUGUUCCCACGACCGGCAGUGCCUCGGACAAGAGUGGUGCAAUAUCCAACAUAGAUGUGUUAGAAAGUCAUGGUGUGAUGUCGACGCAGAAUGUGGAACGAAUAAAUGUUGUGCAAAGGUCGAUCAUUUAACCCAAGGAAAAUGCUUGCCUCUGAUUAAACAUGGAGGCAUCUGUUUAAUUAAAAUUAUGCUGUGUCCGUGUGUGAAGGAAUGCUAUUGCAAGGCUUUGUCAGAACGACUUGGCCGUUGUACAAAAGCCGACCGAAAUAUGAGCACAGAACUUGCCAGCAACGGAAUGAAUGGUCCAACGGAAAUAAACAAUAAUACGUAAAUGUAUUCUAGG